UGAACUCUGUAUUUAUUGACCACGAAUAUUGAGUGAAAGGUGAAUAAAAAACAAAAAAAAUCUGUGGAACCAAGUAAUCCUAUAAGUAGGAAGCCGGACUUGAGGAUAUCUUAUACCAGAGAAACAAGUUCUAUACGUUGCUCUCUCCUCUCUUUGAUUGCAAUGGUUACUUCUAUUAAUAUGACAACGCUUAGAAUCUUGCUGAGUUUGUUUCUAUUAGGGACUGUCCAAGCACAGCUUUCAUCCAAUUAUUAUGCGAAGACAUGCCCAAAAGCUCUCUUCACAAUCAAAUCUGCAGUGCAUAAAGCAGUAGCUGCAGAGCAUCGUAUGGGGGCAUCUUUGCUUCGUCUUCACUUCCAUGACUGCUUUGUUAAUGGAUGUGAUGCAUCUGUUCUUCUAAAUGAUACCUCAACGUUCACAGGGGAGCAAACUGCAGGUGCCAAUGCAGGAUCUCUGAGGGGAUUUACUGCGAUUGACAGUAUUAAGUCUCAAGUUGAGAGUGUUUGCCCUGGUGUAGUUUCUUGCGCUGAUAUUCUAGCUGUAGCUGCAAGGGAUUCAGUUGUUGUAUUGGGUGGUCCAACUUGGAACGUACUGCUGGGCAGGCGAGACUCUACUGCAGCAAGUUUAAGCACUGCAAAUGCUGACAUUCCAUCCCCAAAUAUGGACCUUAGUGGCCUUCUAUCUUCCUUUUCAAAGAAAGGAUUGACAGCCAAAGAAAUGGUGGCUCUAGCAGGAGCACAUACUAUAGGGCAAGCCAGGUGUGUAGUAUUCCGUAAUAGAGUUUACAACGAGAGUAACGUUGAUGCAUCAUUUGUUAGUUCAGUGAAAUCCAACUGCCCAAACACCGGGGGAGACAACAAUCUUACUCCACUCGAUUCUAGUACUCCUGUCGAGUUUGACAAUGGGUAUUUCAAAGAUCUGGUGAACAACAAAGGUCUGAUGCACUCGGAUCAACAACUGUUCAACAACGGAUCCACCGAUUCGCAGGUCACUACUUAUACCAAAGAUCCAUCUUCCUUUAAUAGGGAUUUUGCACGGGCUAUGGUAAAAAUGGGAAACCUGAGUCCCCUGACCGGCACAAGGGGAGAGAUAAGAACCAAUUGCUGGAAAACCAACUAAGCCUUAAGGCUGAAUAUGAUCUUUAAUCACUCUGUACUCUUUGUUACUAUACUAAUCGUGUACGAAAUUUACUUCGAAGAUGAUCGCUGUGAACUUUUAGCAAUCAAAUAAUUCGUAAGCAUGUACUCCUAAUACCAAAGUUACAAUGUACGUAGUAUUUUGGAAUUGUUGGCUGAAAUUACCAAUGUAAUAUUGUUACUGUAUUA